GUUUAGUGUGAAUCGUCUUCAGGUUCUCGACUCUUUUAUUCCCAUAUAGUAUUAAUAGGUAGUGUGUAUAGAUAUUUUGUGUAAUUUCCAAAGAAAAAUGUUAAACGAACUAGUUUUUGUAUUAUCUCUAUGUAUUUUAACAAAUUCGGAAGAGAGAGAAGAUAAUCAGAAACCAAAUAUAGUUUUCAUAGUUGCUGAUGAUUUGGGCUGGAAUGACGUAAGCUUCCACGGAUCUGAUCAAAUCAUGACCCCGAACAUCGACGUGCUGGCAUAUGAAGGCGUCAUAUUGAACCAGUAUUACACCGACACACAGGGGACACCCUCUAUGAGUGCCCUGUUCACUGGAAAAUACCCUAUGAGGCUUGGUACCCAAGGAGUUUCAAUAUCGGCAUGCGAAGACCGAGGCAUACCUGUUUCGGAACGUCUGUUACCGGCAUAUCUCCAGGAAUUAGGGUACUCCACUCACUUAGUCGGGAAAUGGAACGUUGGGAAAUCUAGGGAACAUUAUCUACCCACAUUCAGAGGAUUUGAUACUUUCUACGGCUUCCUUGACGGCUCUGUGGAUUAUUAUACGUAUAAUCUUAUAGAGACAUGUGGUGAUAAAGAAUUUUUCGGUCUUAAUUUCUUCAGUAAUUUGGAUCCUGUGGAGAAUUUAAGCGGGCAUUUGACUGAAAUACUUACAGAUGAAGCUGUACAAAUAAUAAGAGAUCACAAUGUGUCAUCACCACUAUACCUUCACAUCUCACAAGCUAGCCCACACGCUGGCGGCGGAUUAGUGAAUCUCCAACCGCCUGCAGAAAGCAUAGCGGCAAAUGCGCACAUCGCCCACUCUGCCCGGAGAUUGUACGCAGGGCAAGUUACAAGUUUAGACAAAAGUGUAGGUCAGAUUGUGGCAGUAUUGGCUGAAAAGGAUAUUCUUCAAAAUACUAUAAUAGUUUUUGUUUCUGACAAUGGAGCCGAUUCUGUGGGCCACUCACAAAAUUUCGGAUCUAAUGUCCCCUUAAGAGGGGUUAAAGGAACUCCUUGGGAAGGCGCCGCUCGAUCUAUUGGAUUAAUAUGGCAGUCCACAAUAUCUCCUAAAGUGUACGAUGGCUUAUUCCAUGUAACUGAUUGGCUUCCUACAUUAGUAAGUGCUGCAGGUGGUCAAGUCACUGAAGUUAUUGAUGGUAUCAAUCAUUGGGAUGCAAUUUACAAUGAUGGUGACACAAAACGUAACGAUUUGUUAAUCACGUUAGAUGAAUUACAAGGUUGGGCAGCAUUUAGAGAAGGAGACUUUAAAAUAAUUGUUGGGGAUAUUUUCAAAAAUUUAAGUAAUUAUAAUGGGAAGGAAUUCGAUGCUACUAGAAGUGAUGUACCCAUAUAUGAAAAUGCAAUUCUCGAGUGUGACACUGCUCGAGUGCUGAGAGAAACCCUAGAUUUAAUAAUUGAUGUUGAUUCUGCUUACAUAAAACGCAAUGAAUCAAUGAACUAUGCAACAUUUUUAGGUGAAAAUUUGUGUUUUCCUACAAAAGAAAAAGGCUGCCUUUUCAAUAUAACUGCUGACCCAAUAGAACAACAUGACUUAUGGGAUAGUUCACCGGAGGUUGUUAGAUACAUGGCAUUGCGUCUAAGAACUUUGUGGGCCGAAGCCAAACCUCGAAGACAACCAGUUUCAGAUAUUAGAGCCGAUCCUUCAAAAAACAAUUACAUCUGGUUUAGUUUCGUACAAAACGAUGAAGAAAUUAAUGAGACAUCUCUCGCAAUGCCUGUUUUUCCACUUCAAGUAUCUCUCGGAGAAGUAAAAUAUUUAGUUGAUUUAAACUUGAACACGUUAAAAGAUAAAAUGGAUGAGUAUAUCACAAAAAUGGGCGACUCUUUUGUGAAGAGUGUAAAAGGCUUGUUCUCAUUUUAAUUAAACGUGAAAUAAGCGUGCUUUCAGUUUUUCACUUUUAGCUGUUACUUUUUUGAGUUUGGUCAACUAUGGUCGGUGCAAAAUAUUGAACCCAAAAAGCAUAUUGUCAACAGUACAAAAUUAAUAUAGGAAAUAACUAAUAAUAGACAAACAAAUCCUCUCAUGGGUCUACUGGAAGAGAUUUCUAUUGUAAUGAGUAGCACCUUUGAACUACAAU